UAUGAGAGUUCAUUCGCACUCGUGCAGCGGACAAGUUUAAAUCAUCAGAAUGGUAUAUCUAGUUAGAGCUUUGAUUGCUGUGGUAAUUGUCACAAACGGUUAUGCAUUUAAUUUGGAAACGAAGCUUGCGAUCGUCAAGGAAGGUCGGAAAGGCACGUAUUUUGGAUAUUCCGUAGCCCAACACCAGCUAUCGACUAGUUCACACUCAUCGACGUUGUUAGUGGGAGCUCCGCUGGGCAACACGGGUCAGCCUGGCACGAAUAUCACGGGACUCAUGUACUGGUGUCCGUUCUCCACGCGGCGGGACGACUGCAGACCUGUGAACCACCUCAAGGCUGGAGAGCUGGAGAGACCGCCACCUACAGGUCCUAGUGGAAACUACUCAAAAGAUGACCAGUGGUUAGGUGUGGCAAUUUCUAGUCAGGGACCAGGCCAGUAUGUUGUGGUGUGCGCUCACAGGUACGUCAAGUAUUCGACAGAUUACAGGUAUGGUCUGGGAAUCUGCUACUCACUGAAACCCGACCUCUCGCACCACAAGGUAUAUCCUGGCUGCAACGGCUUGCCUAACCAGAAGGGACACGAGCAGUACGGGUACUGCCAGUUCGGAAUGGAUGUCGAAGUGGCCCCAGAUAAUACGAUAGUGUUCGGAGCUCCAGGAUCUUACACGUGGACCGGAUCAACGAUGGUCAACAGCUUAGGUCUUGGCAUCAGGGAUUCGUCCACGUGGUUCAGGAGUGAUGUUGUACAGGAUACAGCUCCCGUUCCCCCAUACAGCAUGCUAGGUUUUGCGGUGACUUCAGGGAAGCUGUUUGGGAAGAGCGAGCGCAUGGCUUACGUCGGCGGAGCGCCCAAAUCUCACGAGAUGGGCGAGGUCGUCAUCUUUGAGAAGGUCAACCAGGGGGCGCACCUGCAGGAGUUCGUAAAGUUCACGGGCGACGAGAAGAUGGCGUUCUUCGGACAUUCCAUCACGACGAUAGACUUGAACGCAGACGGUUACGUGGAUUUGGUCGUUGGGUCGCCGUAUUACAGAGGCGAAGAAAAUGAUCAGGGUGGCGCCAUCUACAUUUACAUGAACGGACCAGAGGGUUUAGUAGAAGGCACAGAACCAUUAAAAAUCACGCGGCCUAUCGAAGGAGCCAGCUUUGGUUAUGUUGUGAAGAACAUAGGCGAUAUUGAUCAUGAUACAUAUGAUGAUCUUGCAGUGGGAGCUCCACAUGAAGGCAACGGUGCAGUGUUCAUCUACAGGGGAUCAGCAGAUGGUAUCCGUAUUGAACCGUCCCAGGUGAUAAGAUCGGAGGAGCUGAGGGAUGGACCGGUAACGUUUGGCUACUCGCUGUCAGGAAAGCUGGACAUGGACUAUAACGGCUAUCCUGAUCUUACUGUCGGAGCGUUCGAGUCUGACACCAUCGUCACACUGCUGGCAAGACCGGUCAUUAAUAUUACGACGAAUAUAGAGAUGGAACCAAUCCUCAUUGACCCCACCAGGAAGAAUUGUCGCGACGGCACCAACCUACCGUGCUUCAUGUGCAGCAUGUUUCAAGUUCACGGCCACCGGUCGGUCGCUUCGCCCCCGUCUCCAUGCACUACACGCUGCGCGCGGACAUGCUCAAGGAAGGCAGCACGAAGCGCGUCCAGUUCCGCGGCGCAGGCGGCAUCGACGGCAGCCUCAGCUGGAAGGUGGUGCGCAGGGUGCGCAUGAUGCCGCAGCACACGGGCCAGCUCGCGUGUGGGCGCAGGGAGAUGGUUUACGUGUUUGAUACGAAUGACAUCAUCACUCCAGUGAAGUUCAUCUUAACGAACAACCUGACGGAGAACGUUCCGGCACCUAUUCGCGCGGGAGACCCGAUCCCGGACAUGGACAGGUACCCGAUCAUCAGUGAACUCACCCAGGUGCAAGAGAAGUCAGUCAACUUCAUCAACGAUUGCCAGG